AUGAUUUCAAAAAGACGAUUAUCAACGCUACUUUAAGCGAAGGAAUUCACUAGAGUGAGAAUUGGGAUGGCCUCCUGUCGACAGAUACCCUGUACGUUUUGGAUCGGAUUUACAACCCUCCAAAAGGCCUAUAAAUCCGACUAACGUAAGCCUGGAUUUUCUCUUCGCUAUCAAAUCCGACGCAACAUUCGUCAUCAUCUAGAAAAAUAUAUCCCUAAAUGAGUCAGCUACGAAUUCAGCUUCGUUUCAAAAUGCUGCCUAGAACGUGUACCUAAGGCUGAGCUGCUAACUCUAUGAAGACCUAGCAUCAUAAGUUACAGGGGGUAGCCUUUACAUGAGGAAUUAUAUAUAAUGAUGUGUCCAUCAGGGAAUCCAUUUCUUAGUCCAUAUUCAAAUAAAUGUGAUGCAAACAAUUUGCCGACCCUAGGUACUGCACCGGGUUCAACUAAGCCAAAAAUCUUAACUUCAACAAUCUCUUAUUUCUUGAUUAUUGAGUGCAUCAACUAUGUCUCAGCUCAGUCAACUAUUCCCGCCGUGCCCCAAGUUCACAGAUAAAGACAUUCCGGACCAAAGCGGGAGGGUUUUUAUCGUGACGGGAGGUGCAUCAGGGGUUGGGUUUGAAGUGUCGAGAAUCUUGUAUGAGAAGAACGCGACCGUCUACAUCGCAACGAGAACUGCGUCCAAAAUCGAAGCUGCUAUAGGAAGAAUCAAGGAACAGUACCAAACCAGUCAUGGAAAGCUAGAAGCGUUGAUACUCGAUUUAGAGGAUCUUGCUACUAUCAAGCCCGCGGUAGAGAACUUCAUGUCCAAAGAGCAGAGGCUUGAUGUGUUGUUUAACAAUGCUGGAGUUAUGGGAACGAACCCGGAUGAGAGAUCCGUACAGGUGAAGAAAUCUAUUUUCAUUUGCAGGCUUCUUGAACCAAUCCUCCUUAAUACUGCAGCGCAUCAAAAUUCCUCGGCCGGUAGUAUACGGGUGGUCUGGGUUAGUUCCAUGUUGGAUAUAGGGACUCCAAAGGGUGGAGUGGUGUGGGAUCUAGAAACAGACGAGCUAACAAUCCACCCGGACAUGAUGUCGAAUUAUAUGCAAUCCAAAGCUGGGAUUACCUUCCUCGGCCAUGAAUAUGCGAAGAGAUUUGGUAAAAAGGGGAUCAUCUCAACGGUAAAAUUCCACCUAAUAUCAUGAGAGGACUGUUGACGCUAACGGCUUGAGGAUAGUCUUUGCAUCCCGGUAUGAUGAAGACUGAACUUCAAAGACAUAUGCCAGCACCAGUACGUGCUGUUAUGGUAUGACAACGGCUCAAACUUAGUAUUCAUUCCCACUUAUUGAUCUUCUAACUUCCUAUCAGGGCACGGUCUUUAAAGGGCCUAUAUAUGGCGCGUAUACUGAGUUAUAUGCUGGAUUCUCGUCGGAUAUUACGAGUAGAGAGAAUGGCAGAUACAUCAUUCCUUGGGGUCGUCUAGGAUCGGUACCGGAACAUAUGAUGGAAGGUUUGAGAUCUGAGGAGGAAGAGGGCACUGGCUCGUCUGAGAAGUUUUGGAAUUGGUGCGAAAACAACACAAGGGCGUACCGAUUGAUGAGUUAAAUUAUUUAGCAUGAAUCUUGUGUUGAGAAUAG